CUGAACUUUGGGAAGAGUUUUCUACAGCACUGGGCAUGUGGACACAGUGUAAUGUGUGAAACAGGCUUGGAGUCCAUGGGUUGGUACAGUAGGCUUCACUAGACUUAGCUGCAACUCAGAAUUUCUCCUCCAGCACCUGAGUAAAUGCUGAUGGUCUUGUGGAGAGUGGAUUAAGAGUACGAGCUAAGUUCUCAAUCCCAAUUAAGAAGCGGAGGAAAAUUUAAACUGUCUCCUUCAAAGUUUAUCACAACCACCACCAUCAAGACAGCAAACCAAAGGACAAAGACUUUGAACUGCUGUGUUGCUCUGUGUAGUCCAGUUCACGUGUGGUUUACAGACCUGGCUGGGGUUGCUAAUAAGUACAUAAGAAUCUGGACACUUCUGUCAUUUGGACACUUAAUCACAAGUUACCAGAAUGAGGGCUGUACUGGAGCCAGCAGACAUUGCCAUAGUGGCCCUGUACUUCAUCCUGGUCCUGUGCAUUGGUUUUUUUGCCAUGUGGAAAUCUAAUAGAAGCACCGUGAGUGGAUACUUCCUGGCGGGGCGCUCUAUGACUUGGGUAGCAAUUGGUGCCUCUCUGUUUGUGAGCAAUAUUGGGAGUGAACACUUCAUUGGGCUGGCAGGCUCUGGAGCUGCGAGUGGAUUUGCAGUGGGCGCAUGGGAAUUCAAUGCCUUACUGCUUUUGCAACUUUUGGGAUGGGUUUUCAUCCCGAUAUACAUCCGGUCGGGGGUAUACACCAUGCCUGAAUACUUGUCCAAGCGAUUUGGUGGCCAUAGGAUUCAGGUCUAUUUUGCAGCCUUGUCUCUGAUUCUCUAUAUCUUCACUAAGCUCUCAGUGGAUCUGUAUUCGGGUGCCCUCUUUAUCCAGGAGUCCUUGGGUUGGAAUCUUUAUGUAUCUGUCAUCUUGCUCAUUGGCAUGACUGCUCUGCUGACUGUCACUGGAGGCCUUGUUGCAGUGAUCUACACAGAUACUCUACAAGCUCUGCUCAUGAUCAUUGGGGCCCUCACACUUACAGUUAUUAGCAUGAUGGAGAUUGGAGGGUUUGAGGAAGUUAAGAGAAGGUACAUGUCUGCCUCACCCAAUGUUUCUCUCAUUUUGUUGACACACAACCUUUCCAAUACGAAUUCUUGUAACGUGAAUCCUAAGAAAGACUCCCUAAAAAUGCUGCGAGAUCCAACAGAUGAAGAUGUUCCCUGGCCUGGAUUCAUUCUUGGGCAAACUCCGGCUUCGGUAUGGUACUGGUGUGCUGACCAAGUCAUCGUGCAGAGAGUCCUAGCAGCCAAAAACAUUGCUCAUGCCAAAGGCUCUACUCUUAUGGCUGGCUUCUUAAAGCUUCUACCAAUGUUCAUCAUAGUUGUACCAGGAAUGAUUUCCAGAAUACUGUUUGUUAAUGACAUAGCUUGCAUCAACCCAGAGCACUGCAUGCAAGUGUGUGGAAGCAGAGCUGGGUGUUCCAAUAUUGCCUACCCCCGCCUGGUGAUGAAGCUGGUUCCUGUGGGUCUUCGAGGCUUGAUGAUGGCAGUGAUGAUUGCAGCUCUGAUGAGUGACUUGGACUCCAUCUUUAACAGUGCCAGUACCAUAUUCACCCUUGAUGUAUACAAACUCAUCCGUAAGAGUGCAAGCUCCCGAGAACUAAUGAUUGUUGGCAGGAUAUUUGUGGCUUUUAUGGUUGUGAUCAGCAUAGCAUGGGUGCCCAUCAUUGUGGAGAUGCAAGGAGGCCAGAUGUACCUUUACAUCCAGGAGGUCGCAGAUUAUCUGACACCUCCAGUGGCGGCCCUCUUCCUUCUGGCAAUUUUCUGGAAACGCUGCAAUGAGCAAGGAGCAUUCUAUGGUGGAAUGGCAGGCUUUAUUCUUGGAGCUGUACGUUUGAUACUGGCUUUUACCUACCGUGCCCCAGAGUGUGACCAACCUGAUAACAGGCCAGGCUUCAUCAAAGACAUCCAUUACAUGUAUGUGGCCACAGCGUUGUUUUGGAUCACAGGACUCAUUACUGUAAUUGUUAGCCUUCUCACGCCACCUCCUACUAAGGAUCAGAUUCGCACCACCACCUUUUGGUCUAAGAAGACCCUGGUGACAAAGGAGAGCUGCUCUCAGAAAGAUGAACCGUACAAAAUGCAGGAAAAGAGCAUUCUGCGAUGCAGAGAGAAUAGUGAGGCCACAAACCAUGUCAUUCCAAACGGGAAGUCUGAAGACAGCAUCAAGGGCCUUCAGCCCGAGGAUGUUAAUUUGUUGGUGACGUGCAGAGAAGAGGGCAACCCAAUAGCUUCCUUGGGUCAUUCAGAGGCAGAAACACCAGUAGAUGCUUACUCCAAUGGCCAAGCAGCUCUCAUGGGUGAGAAAGAGAGAGAGAAGGAGACAGAGAAUGGAAGCCGAUAUUGGAAGUUCAUAGACUGGUUUUGUGGCUUUAAAAGCAAAAGCCUCAGCAAGAGGAGUCUCAGAGACUUGAUGGAUGAGGAGGCUGUUUGUUUACAAAUGUUAGAAGAGACUCCACAAGUGAAAAUAAUACUAAAUAUCGGACUUUUUGCUGUGUGUUCACUUGGAAUUUUCAUGUUUGUUUAUUUCUCCUUAUGAACUUAAGGAUAUGGUGAGACACUUAAGAAAAUACUGGUCUUUGAAAACAAAAAUGUAACGUUGCAUCUCUCAGGCAUUGUUUACGCUGAAGGUUUUAGCCAAAUUUUACUUAGCAGAAAAUUAUCUAUUUGCAAGACUGUUUCCCAGAGAUGGAUGAAAGUAAAUCUUCAAACAGACUGAAUUGUACAAAAUGUGUUUUUUAGAGUUUUCCAUACCAAAGUAAGGAGAGACCAAUUGUUCUCAUAGAGCACUUAGAGCAGAACCUAUAUUAAGGUAUCACGAGUAAAGUAUAUUGUCUGCAUUGCCAAGUCUGGGUAGACCUUAUACUGAAGUAGAAGAUUUGCUCAUCUGUAAGGUUUUUAUCUCUGUAAUCCCUGCUAUGAUUGAAAAAAUGAAUUCUUAGAGAUUGUCUGGUCAGAUAUGUACUGAAAGUCUAAUAUGUUGUGUAGUAAUUAUUUCAGGACAAGUUCAUGUGUUUGGUUUGUUUGUUAGCAUGCGUCUAUGAUUCCGCUUGCCAAAAGAAAGGGAUGAUGUUUUCCUAUAGGUGUUUUUGUACCUGUAUGUGGAAUGUUGGAGUUUGGGGUGGACUUCAUUCCAGUCUCCUCCCUCUUAUUAUUUUUUUUUUCCUACUUUUACUGAAGUUUAAGUGAACUGUACUCAAGUGACUACCAAGUCUAUGUCUAUAAAGUUAUUUGUCGUAAUUGUGUUUUUAUUUAGGGGGGAAGUAAAUGUUGCUGAUGAUCCCCACAUUUAUUGACCAAAUUACGGUCAAUCAGUAUUUUGGAAUACAGUUUGAAGAUUACCAGCUACCAAGCAAUUCUUGAUGGACUUAACACUAAAUUAACAUGAGUCAUACUCUACCUAUUUUCUAGCUUCUUCCUUGCCAUUUUGUAACGGUCUUUGUUACGUAGCCAAAUGCCUUCCUGAAUGGAUCCAGUUGAAAAAUCAUGUCCAGUAUUGUGAAGAGCUGACAACUGCUUUUGUGUGCUGGUUUCUUACUUGGUUAGAUCAUGAUGUGUUGAGCUUGAGCUUUUAGAGGGAAAUUCUAAUUCUGAGAUUAUACUUCAUUCUUUGUAAGUUCUUUUUCUGAUUUUUGUGUUUCUCAAAAGAUGUGCUAUCUGUAUACAGCCUGUCCAUCUUUGAUGUUAUAGUCAGUCAGCAUGAAUAUGUUCCAGUAAAAGCUGACUGUCAGUAACAGAAAGCGGAAGACUGCACUCCUGCCAUUGACCAGUGUAGGCUUUCUGUAGGAGGGAUGGCGUGUCCAAAAGUUGCCAUGAAGAAAGACUUCGGGGCUUGUCAGUGUGCUUGAGGAGGAUAUCACAGGACUUGUAUUACAGACCUUUGUCUUGGUGUGGGUUGGUAUCCGGUUGCAGUAACCAUGGGUAGCAAAUCUUUUUAGAGGCUGUUUCUCCCUAGUGAAGACAGUACAGAGCUGUUAGAGAAGCUCUACAGAUGGUGUGGCUCUGUGUCUUCAGCCCCUUUCCUCCACAAAGAUGAAGACAGCUCAUUGUGUAUCUACUUUCUUUAAGCUGAAAACUUUUAAAAUUGCAUGGUUUUUAUUAAGCCUUGUACUUAGGGAAAUUAUUUUAUAGAUAAUUUUGUAGAUUUUGAAUAAAAAACUCAGUCCUGAUAACUAACUCUUUUUGUAAUGCAUAAAUUUGUUUGUUAAUGAUGGACUUGAUUAGUCCAAAGCUGAUUUUAGGGAUUAUCAGGUAGCAUACAGUCUUCCUACCUUCAGGAGGUUUUCCAGUGGACUGAGUCUAUAGAUGAAAGAGUAAUUCAUGUAUGACUAGCACGUGUUUCUGAAGAACUUAGAGUGCCUUGUACAAAUUUCCUCUCAAUUUCUACUUUGAGGUUUAUAACCUAGGGGCCUAGGGACCACCUUUUCUUAAGUGGAGGUUGAGGCUGUGACAGGUCCAAGGUUACAGAACCUUUUUGGGAAGAACAGAAACCAGUUCUCCAAAUCUAGAUUCAGCAUUGGUCCACAUGUGUCUGGAUGAAUGGGUUGCCCAUGGUUUGUGCUAUUUUCUUAAAGGAAGAAUUCUUCCUCUGAGAUAACCUUUUGGCCUUUAGAACGUUAUAGGAUCUUGGCUUUUCCAAAUUUGCAUUAAAUUGUAGAAAUUAUUAUUAUUAUUUUUUUAACUCUUGAGUACAGUCCUAUGUGACAUAGCAAAAAUUGACACAUUGGCUGAGUGGCCCUUUUUUCCCAUCCAUUUAUGGCAUAAGUGAAUAACAGGCAUUUUUAUGAAUUUCCUCUUUUUAUUUAAUGUUGAGUUAGUAGUUUGGAGUGUUGGGGUCCCCUUAUCCUCUCAUUGCUGUUGUUGUACUUAGUAAGACUCAUAAAAUACAUCAUCUUGUGUCUAUUGAUGUGUAAAUAGCAGUAGGUCAAGUUUAGAGUACUAAUGUCUAUAAAUAAGGAAUGACUUAGCAUAUCCAUUAGAACUGUUUAUUCUUACACAUGUAAACAUCAAUUUAUUUAGACUGAAGCCCCUGAAGCUUGUCGUUCUUACUACUUCCCAGUAAUGGGCAAUGUGCUUGAAUGAGUAUGUGAGUUGCUGGUGGUAACUUCAUUUCAGGGACCAGCCUUCAGUCUGUAAGGUCAUUGGAAUGAUUGUUCCUGGAAUGAUACAUGACUGCUUUAAGCUAUCAAAAUUUUCAUACUUUACAUGCAUAUAAAUGAGUUCUAAAAGGUGGCAUGGAUCUGUAGACAUAAUGUGUGUGUUUGUGUUUGCUUAAGCUAAGGUUUUGAAUUGACUGAGUUUGACAUUGACUAAAACAGUGCUUGAAAGUCAGAAUGAAGUAGGUGAGGCCAUGGGUUUACAAAGAUGGAGAGAAUAUCAUUGUCCUCUGUGAACAAUACCCCAAGCUCCUACAUGUUUGUGUUCUCAGGCAGUUCACGUCUGGAUCUGGUGAGAAGGGCUUAUGACAUUGGCAUGAAGGAUGUUUUCUGUGGGACUUCAGGUUUCUCUUUGGUUUCACUUGUGUCCUGUCACUCUAAAAAUAAGCCACUGAGCCCCUGUUGUCCUCAGCUGUGCUUUCUAGGAAGUGAUCACUUUUGUCUAAAGAGAAGCAUCAAGCAAUAGCACUGAUCCUUGGGCUCCAGUUCAGUGGAUCUCAUCUCCAGGGCUUCCUUUUCACUUGGCUCAAAGGAUCCAUUAUCUUGGACAGAGAGGUUGGCCAGGGUCAUGUAUCCAUAGCUCUUAGAGAUGAUACCACAAAAAAAUUAGCUGAGACCUUUCACUCUGUGAAACGUCCCCCCAUUUUAAGAAUUGAUCAGCAGAAUUGUUACUCAGUUCUCUUAAGCAUGGAGUUAAGUCUUCUGGGGUCUCUCUGUUCCAAGUGCAUGAUCUUCCCCUCUCUGGAUAUUAUUCCGUGUAAUCUAUAGGUGAUUCUUCUUUCCACCAAAUAAACCAGCUUUAUUGUUAGCCACUAAGAGUUAGACCCUUCACAUCCCUGCUUGAUUGAUAGUGUGGCAUUGAUUGCUUCAUUGCCACGUGUUGUAUUCCCCGUCUCCUCUUCAUCUGAGGUGUCAUGACUAAAAAGGGGCCACGUGGGCAUCUAGUAGUGACACCUCAUCUUGCCCUUGGUUUGUGUGGAAAGAUGUACAAGGCCACCCUGUUACAUCACGUAACUACGGAGCUCUGCUGGUGCAAAAUUUCCUAAAAAGUCAAACCUGUUCUGAGGUGUUGACAACUAGAUGAUACAGAUGUGAACAAAUUGGUAAAAAUUAACUUAAAAAAAUCCGUACAAGCAUAGGAUCUUAUUCAUUGAAAUCUAGAACUUGAAGCAUCUCAGCUAUCAGCCAAUUUAAACCCCUCUCCGUAGAAGUAGAAUACCAGGGAAUCCAGCCUGAUAACGCCUGUUGUAAUGUUAAGCAUAAAGAAUGAAUUCAUUAAUGCAGUGGAGGCUAAAGUGACUGAUAACUUGGUAGUAACACUUUAGGAAAACAAUCGUGCUUUUAGGCUUCAUUGUUUAGAAAUGUCUUACUGUCUAAGCAGAUUUCACAAAUGGUGUUCUGGUCUUGUCAUGUUGCUUCCUAGUUUAUUGCCUAGUCUUUAGUUCAGUACUUAACUGAUUUCCUGUUUGGCUCUUUGGUCUGUUUAUUUCACAUACUGUCUUAAUGUGUAAAAGGGUUGUUUUGCCCCAGUAUUGAGGACUUAAAACCAAAUAAUGACUCAUUGAAAUUAGUUAAAUAUACUGCACUUAAUAAAAAUGUUAACAAGAACAAAUAUUUCUAACUCAUAAAAGUCCCUUUGAAAUGAUGGUGUUAGAAUGCAAGAGGCACUGGAGUUUGUUGUGAUGCCAAAAAGGACUCAUUUUUGCCAUAAAGGCAAAAGCUUGAAAUUAGUUGGUAUAAAGAAAAACUUUUGUACUGUUAGGCUGAAUUGCAUGAGAAGUGUGUUCUGAUCACUAGACCUGGUUGGCUUAACCUGGGCCUGAGACCCCUUCUCAUUAAGAUCACUUCUCUUAAUUUGGUAAGCUGCUGUCACACUCCUGUGCUGGAAUACUGUAGCUGUCAGCUGCUUCAACUCCUCAGAGCAAAGUGAGCAAAGGGUUCUCUGGCCAUGCGAGUCCCUCACUUAGCUGCAUGGUGUUUUCAUUUCAAUUUCUCUCUCUCCAGCGCUGCAAAUAAGCUUUACUGCUACUGAAGGAGCUUUUUAAAAGUGUUGUGAAAUUGAUAUCAUUUAGGUUUCUUUUUCUGUCUCAACUCCUUUAUAAAAGGUAAGAUUUAGGUUGUUUGGGUGUAAGCAACUCAUUUACUUGGCAGUCAACAGCUGUAACAAUUGGCAUAUACAGCCUUUUACUCAGAAAUGAAGGAGAAGGUGUGGUAUGUCUGUAUCAUCACUAAUCUUGUGCACUUUAUUUUUAGGGGUAUAUCAUCCAUGAUCUGCAGCUGAUCCGAUUCCGCUAAGUGUAGGAGUAGUAGCUUUACUGCCCUUAGAAGGCAGAAGGGCACUGUGCUGUAACCUCUACCCCACUUCAUCUCAUUCCCAGGCAUUCUGUGCUGUGUGAACUCUGCCAGUAAGCUACAUAUUACAGUGAUUUUCACAACAGCACACGUUGAUACAUAUAUCCACAGCGUAGUUCUAUCUUGCUGAAUUCACCGUUUCCCCCAGUGCUGCUAGAUAAAGGAGUGCUUACACACACACACACACACAAAACCAGCUGAAUGUUCAGUGUGUCAGUAUACCCUGGACUUCUAUACUUAGUCAUUAGUAACUUUUGUUGUUGUGAAAAUUGGAAAUAAAUGGGGCUUAUUAAAAUCUCCAAUGCUAGUGUAUAUGAUAUUCCACGGUAUAAUCAGUUUCUGAAAUUUUUGUUUGGAUUAGUGCCUUCUGGUUGCCGGUAUUGACUGUGCUAGUUUGCACCGCCCCUUUCUUAAUAGGACGCUUCCUUUGUUACUCUUUGAAAACUUUCAUUGUAACUAGUGAAGGAAGGCUAGCAGAAAAUACACAUUUACACACUUUUAUGUGUAGCCUUUAGGCUCAAGAAAACAAGAUAGUCCAGUAUCUGUGUUGUAGCUUAGUGUUAUUUAUUUGUCUUUGCUUUAUAUCCAUUAUUAAAAAUUUUAAGUUAAUUGUAAUUCUCUGUGUAUACUUUAAUUUUAUCAUUUUCCAAGGUAGAUUUGAUGAGUACAUCUGGGAACACAUGUAACAGCAGUUUGUAUUUCCACAAGAGAGAAAAGGCUAUUGGCCCAUAGAAAGCACAAAGCUGUUCACAUGUGUGUACCUCUACUUAUAAAAAGCACAAGGCUAACGCAUUCUCACUAACCCGUAAGUGCCGGUCAUAAAGCCACCAAGUAUUUGUCCCAGAGUUGUUUUGGAGACCAUGGUAUCAGGAGCCCUAAUGAGCUAUCUCAGUUCUACAUGGAUCCUGGGUGAUAAAGGAUCCAAAGUAGUCUUACUGAAUUUGUGCGGCUUUGAUGAAAGGAGAGUACUGUGGCUGUAUUGGGGUUACUAGGGAAAAUGAGGUGUGUGGACACAGUUCCAUAAUCUGAGACUAAAGAACAGGGACGGCUUAGGUUUUUGGUGGACAGAACAGGCAAGAACUUUCCGCUUUAACCUGCAGAGUCAUUGGUUUUUAUUUUGGUUGUUUUUUUUUUUUAAUACUGUCUAGAGGAAAUUUUACUUGUCAACAAUGUUCUAAACAAAGAAAUUCUGUGCUUUAUUUGUGUGUGUGUGUGUGUGUAUGUGUGUGUGUGUGUGUGUGUGUGUGUGAGCGAUGAACUUACCUUUAUUUUAUGUGCUUGGCUGUACUUUUAGUAGAGAAUUUGAUCUCUGUGUUCUGAACAUCUAAUUCUGAGACAGAUUUGCCAAAUGAACUGUCGCUGCUCUUCACAGUGGCGCUAGAAUCUUUUUUUUAACCUGUCCCAUUAUGCUCUGCAAGACUAGGUCAGUGAGACUCUGAAUGCACGUGCGGAAGAUGGAAAUGUGUUUCCAGUCAGCGUUGCCCUUUCCUGCUCCUUGCUUUCUUUACCUCCAAGUAGUCCCAUGUUUACUAAGAAUAAAAAUGAAUAGUCUGGAGUUUUGUCCAUAUUUUAAGACACAGCUCUCAGAAUAGAGAGCGCUCCUCCUUGCCUUCUUAGGGGGAGACUUAGUAACUUCUAACCAAGAUUGCAGACUGGUGGAACUUUUUUUUUAAAAAAGACUUUGCUAUGUUAAUAACGUUUCAGAAGAGUUCACAUGAACACUAAGGGAGAGGUUCCUCCCUCUAGCAAAAAGCUAGGCAGGUGUGUACCCACAACAUAAGUUUUUAACAUGUAAAAUUUACAGGUUUCAGGAUGGGCUGUCGGGCUGAGAGGAGAGGGGUGUUAGAAAUGGAGGACACUGAAGCAGUUUGAAAAACGUCCUUGGCUUAGCAAUAUGUGAUAAUGCAAAGCAGUUACAACGGUCUUAGCCCUACAUAUUACGUAUUCUCUACCUUUUAAAGAAUUUAUAAGAACUUUAUGAAAAGUGCUUUUAAAAAUUCCUUUGGCAGAAACAUUUUCCAUUUUUAAUUUCACGGAAAACUGCUUUAAUUAGACUAAGUGAAAGGUAGUCCUAGCAAUGUAAAUAUGUAUAAUUAGAAUAUUCUCAUUUCACUGUGAGAUCUCAGACUUUUCUGAGUAGCAAACAGGUCACCAAGUCUUUUGCUCAUGGACUUUUCUGUGGGGUUAUUAAAAUGUAAAAGCUUUAUUUUUUUUUUAAUAUGACAUACUACAUUAGGGUCAGAUAAUGGUAUAGAACCUGUUCUCUGCUUUCCCUAGGCAUUAUUGCUUCAGUCUAUAGAUUGCCUUCAGAGUUCAGAAGAAGAGCAAGGAUUCACCUGUUCUUUGCUGGGGACACCUUGUUUCUCUGCCUAGAGCUGUGUUGGCAAUCAUCAUAUGAACUGUUAGGCUUCUCAAUGCUUUUUUUUUUUUUUGACAAGAUGGAUAUCAGAAAUAGUUGCUGUGCAAAAGUUAGUAGUCUUCUUCAAGAAGAAAACCAAUUCCUUUUCUUAUAGCCUGUGAAAUUGCUUCAUUCAUUCCUUUAUUUUUAAGCCAAAUGUCAGCAAAAUACUGCUGCUUUUAUCUAAUAAUUUUGAUAUGUAAGUAUUAAUGCAUUUUUUAAAGAUGUCUACAUUGAAAACCAUUAUCCCCAGUGUCCUGCCUGUUAUAGCUCUGUUCAGGUUUUCUGUUAAGAGACCAUAGUACCGUGGGGCUGUGUAUUGUGUGCAUGUGUCAUUUUAGUUCUGCUUUGUAGGUUAUAAUGGAGUCGAUGAACAUUAAUUUGUUAUUGGUUAGUUUUUUAAAAAUUAUUUCUAGUUUACCUCCGUUGUCCUCAGCUUUUUUGUGUUAAAGUUUGACUAAUCAGGUCCUGUACACCGUGUAAUGCUUUAGUUGCAAAUGGAAGAACUUGGUGUAAACCAGGUUUCCUACUGAAAGGAAAACAGUUGAAGCUGUAGAUGGAAAACUAUCUGUUGGUGACAAUUCUAACUUGCCUGUUCUGUAUACAACUGGUUUUUAAAAUUGUAGAUGUGUGUAAUCUUGGUUUCGGUGUUAAGUGUUACUGUUUAAAAACGGAAAAGCAGCGAUGUGCUGGAGAGCUGUCAGUUUCUAUCGCUGACUGUGACGUACUCUGUUCUCGUGAGCUGCGUCACUUUGCCAGCUGCUGCACUAGCCGGCACAAGCAUUUGGACACUUAAAAUGAACUGCAUUUCUUGCAAAGAACAUUCCUUUCUGUGGUAUUUUGUCCUGUAACUGAAGUGUAGUAAUUAUUUUAUGCAAAUGUUAGCACUUCUGUACCAACUUUGAAUAAAAUGAAAAAUUUACAUUUC